GCAGUGAGUGCACGUUAGAGAGGACUAUGCCAGAUAGCGGUGUACGAAGUCCGCGAUGGCGCAGCCGUACGAGCGCACCCGCUCGUUUCCCCCUCUUCCGACGCUUCGCUGCUUUGGUAAUGACCAGGGCGCCGUUGAGUAAAAUGUCUAAAACGUCCGUUGAAGAGGCGAGAAACUCGGGGAAUAAAUCCAGCGGAGUUGUAAUAGUUCUGGGAACCAGAGCAAACAUCGGGGUAAAAACACAAAAACAGUAGAAGGAGCGCUGCACUAAACACUGUGUCGACCGUCCGCGGUGCCAUCGAGUGUUUCUAAUGUCCAUUUACCUCAAUGAUGGCAUCUUAUUUACACUCGCAGCAGUUGGGCACGUCUGUUUACAUUGCAGUGAUCGUGGCAGCAUUCCUGGCUCUGCUAUGAUCUCAGAAGCUGGCACACAGCAGGAAACCUGGUUCCACCUCUCCAUGAUUAGGCUGUUUACACCAAAAAGCCAAGGUAUCACAAGAGAAGAACAGUAUGUAGCCAACGAUACAGCUAGGUCGAUUCCACUUGAGGUGGAAAAUCUGAAAUAAAACAAAAAACAAAACAAAACAAUGUUUGACGAACCAAUAAAGCCACAGAGGAAACAAUCAGCAUCUAAACAUGUAAACCCUCUAUCACCUCUCACUCUCAGGGGCUAGACACACACACACAGAGCAGCGCUUACUCCAAUAUGUGAGAUAAGGGAAGAUGAGUAACGGAGGGAGGGGUCAAAUAACUAACAGUUGCACGGCUACACACAACACGGUCAUUUCUUUUAGUGAUCACCCUUGAAUCAGGCAGAGAGAGAGAAAGAGAGAGAGAGAAAGAGAGAGAGGGAGGGAGGGAGACCACACUGUUACCCCGGUGCUGUGUGAAGGUGGAGUCACUGAGGAAUAAAGAGACAGAGACAUGAGGAGAGAGCAAGAAGAACAGGACUCCGGGACAAGACAUGGAUUAUCAGACCUGGACUGAGCGUCAUUCCUCCGUAUGACAUCGCUUUAAAUGAAAUCUGAAAAUGCCUUCCUGCACAUGUGAAUUCGUGCGGCUAUCCAACAGGUAGACACUUCGCUGUGAGUGUGUGUGUAUAUAUAUAUAUAUAUUUGCAUAUGUAUUUACAUAUACGUGUUUAUAUACAUGAGUUUAUAUUUUUUAUCUCACUGGAAUCAAGGAUUUUUUUUACACUUUUUAAUAUUUCCACUGGAAUAUCAGCUGACUUUGUUAAACUGACAAACUCUCUGGAAGUACAACUGGAACUGGAUACAGUGAAGGAUCCAUUUGCAAAGAGCGAAACGAGCAUCAAAAGACAACCUUCAAAUCGAAUUUAUUUCAAAGGAAACUUUGCUAGGGAGAAGGUUCGGAUCCGCUUGUCGUAUGAAGGGCAUCCUUCUCUGCCCGCUCAGCAUAUCCUCACCCCCAGAAGCAUGUCCCAGGCUCUGAGGCUGCCACAAGCCCUCCAUACAGCACACUACCAUGAUCAGAUGGGCUGCUGGAGGGAGUAAGGCUGCCUUGUCCUGCUCUAGUACCCGGUCUGGGGCUCACUCCGGCUUUGGGAGUGACCACACAGUAAAGCCUUCCUCCCUGACUUUCCCUCUCCUGGUGGCCCUUGUGGUGACUUUCUCCUUCUCACUGCCAGGCUCCGCCUGCCAUCAGCUGCACAGAGAAAGUCUGAGGAAGCUCAACCGGCAAACUCUUCAGGUUCCACUGAACAUCUCAGAGACUGAUUUUCUCUUCAGGGCCCACAGCAGUGGGGGCAAUCCUGGUCAGACUGGGGGGCCACAGGGUAGGCACGUGCGCAGCUAUAACCACCUCCAAGGGGAUGCACGCUGGAGAAAGCUGUUUUCGUUCCAGAAGUUCUUCCUGAAGAUUGAUAAGAAUGGGACGGUCAGUGGAACCAAGACCAAGGACGACCCUUUCAGUAUCCUGAAAAUCACCUCAGUGGACGUGGGAGUUGUGGCCAUCAAAGGUCUGACGAGCAACUACUAUCUGGCUAUAAGCAGGAAGGGGGAGCUGUAUGGAGUGAAGAAGUUUGGCAUCGACUGCACCCUGAAGGAGCGGAUCGAGGAGAACGGCUACAACACCUAUGCGUCGGCCGAGUGGAGGAACAAAAAGAGGCAAAUGUUUGUGGGCCUGAAUGUCCACGGGAGGCCGCUCAAGGCCAAGAAAACCCACAGGAAGAACACGGCUACCCACUUCCUUCCAAUUAUGGUAUGAGCUGGAGGACGGAACACUGGAUGGAGGGUUUUUUUUUUCGAUGUGGAAAACUGAAAAAGGAAAAAACUUCCAAUGGAAAAAUCUCUCAUUUGGAACUGAGGCACUAACACUGUUAGGAGAAUGGUCUCUGCAAAUGACUGAGGGAGGUUGGGAACUAGUGUUGGUGAGAGAUGAAGAUGGAAUCUGUGUUUUCUGUGGCACAGGAUGCAACAUUUAUUUUAUUUUUUCUGUGCCAAACAGUUUGUACCUGGACUGUGUGUGUAAUACCGACAACACAGAAGACGCCGUCCCCAGGAGUGGGCAGUCCGUUAGAUGCAGAAAGUGAUUUAUAGUCCGGUCUCCCCCAUGAGACACAGAGGAGGCCAGAUUAAAAGUUACAGCUAAAAAGACAAGAGUGAUUGUCAUUUUAUGAGCGGCAUCAUGAAAUCAUUGAGGAUACCAGGCAUUUAAAGCAAAUGUUUAAUAAUUAACCACUGUGUUCUGGCUGUAUUGUUAUGAUUUAUUUAUUUGUGAAAUAUAUAAACUGGAGGGAAACACUUACGAGCAAGCAUUCCUUUCCAUGCUUUACUUUUUAUAGAAAUUCUAUCAUGUGAAAAUAAAACUACCAUUUUCCUCUCUGCAGCCACGUUUGUUUGUGAGCAGUGCAGAGAACUCUCGCUUAAUUGUUGAGGUCACGGUUGAUGUGUGUGAAGGUAGAAAUAGAAGGAGUGAUGAUAAAUGUUGUUAGUGGUUA